AUGUUUUGCAACUCGGCUUCAAGCGACGCAGCCAAUCAUGUCGUCCGCUUCGUCGCUUUGCCACUCCACGAUGUUGAUGUUGAUAUGGCUAGGCCCACCUCCGCAUUUCUUGGUGCUUCCACCGGAAGGAGCGACGAUUUGCGCGCUUGCUACCUGCCUCGUCCUAAAUUAAUCAAGGUAGGUACAUAG